AUGGCCCACGCAUAUGGAACCGUCCCGGCAGGUGCGCCGAAGCAGCCUGAGAAGUUCACCCUUCGCAUUCCAGACCAGGAGAUCGCAGAUUUCAAGAAGCUCGUGGAAUUAUCCAAGAUUGGUCCAGAUACGUAUUACAACCAGCAAGAUGAUCGACGGUUCGGAGUCACCCGAAAGUGGCUUAUCAAUGCCAAAGAGACCUGGCUCAAGUACGACUGGCGGAAGACGGAGGAUCGUAUCAACUCGUUCCCCAACUUCAAAGCCAAGGUGCACCAGAAGGAUAUCGGGACAUCAGACGUUCACUUCGCAGCCCUUUUCUCAUCCAAGAAGGACGCGCUCCCUAUCAUCUUCAUGCACGGAUGGCCUGGGUCUUUCCUAGAGUUCUUGCCGAUGCUCGACUUGCUUCUGAAGAAGUACACGCCGGAGACCCUGCCGUACCAUGUCAUCGUCCCAUCAUUGACCGGCUACGGACUAUCAGCGUCAUCCGCUCCAGUCGAUAAGGAGCUUGCCAUGGACCAGGUCGCAGGUGUAAUGCAUCAGCUCAUGAUAGACCUCGGAUUCGGAAACGGUUAUGCGGCUCAAGGAGGUGAUGUCGGAAGCUUCAUGGCUAGACUGAUGUCCGCCAGCUUCAAGGAGUGCAAGGCUGUUCAUUUGAACAUGCUCUACCCUGGCCCUGAUGACGCUGGAAGUGUUGACGUCUUGACUGCUCAGGAGCAGCAGAUGACACAGAAGAUGCUCAAGUGGCGAUCUACAGGAAUGUCGUACGCCCUUGAGCAUGGCUUGAGGCCUGCGACUAUUGGGCUUGUUCUCUCAGCCAGUCCUAUCUCACUACUUGCUUGGAUCGGCGAGAAGUACUUGGAAUGGGUCGACGACCGGUACCCGCUACAGCUGGAGACAAUCCUGGACCUCGUGAGCCUGUACUGGUUCACAUCCACAUUCCCCCGGAGUGUGUACCCGUACCGCCCACUGGCAGAGUCAAUCAGCUCUGGAAGCCAGCUGCCAAUCCCGACAUCCAAAGAGACGCCGUUGGGAUACUCGCUCUUCCCCAACGAAGUCAGCUUCAUGCCCAAGGCUUGGGCGGAAGCAGUCUACCCCAACCUGAAGUUCUAUCGCAUACACGAGAAGGGUGGUCACUUUGCAGCUCUUGAGCAGCCCGAGCUAUUCUUGGAGGAUGUCGAAGAAUUCUUUAAGUUAGUGAGAGCCACAUCAAAGAUUUGA